CUCACUCCGACGGCCGGUAUCACCCCGCCCCCAUUAUCCGUUUCCUCAACCGGGUCGGUUCCACGUCCCCCCAGUACCUUCCUCCUCCCCGGCCGGUCUCCGGAAUUCCCCCACCCUCCAGCAUCCCCCCCUACCCCGUGGGUUCCUCAUCACCCCAGUAUCCCCUCUCUACUGGGUCAGUCUCCCAUUGCCCCAGAUCCUUCUCCUGGCCGGUCUGUCGUCCCCUCAGUAUUCCCGUUCCCCGUCAGAGUCAGUUCCACAUCCCCCUCCCCGCCCCGUCGGUGCCGCGCUCAGCCUCACGCGGUGCCGCCUCCCGCCUGGAUGCCCGCCGGACUGCCAGGCCGCAGUGGGGUGGAGGCUUGGUUGGGACGGAGGGCCCGGCCAGCACUGGAGGAAGAAGCAGAGUGCCCACAGUGCUGUUACUCUCAGCACCAAGAGAGUUCAGCCUCGUGAGACUACGGAAUUGCUGUGCUGUUAAUAGUAAGGGGAUGUUGUCCACAGGUCCUCUUCUCAACCUUUUAGAAUUUGAAGGGUUUCACCUGAAUUCAACGAGGGUGAAAGUUUUAGAAACUGCAGUAAGAUCUCGCAAAGCGCUGCGUCGUGCUGCGGUUUCUGAAGUUUCCUCCAAAUAGGAAGAAGACCUCGGAAGAGAUAUUUCAACACCUGCAGAACAUAGUGGACUUUGGGAAAAAUGUCAUGAAGGAGUUUUUGGGGGAGAACUAUGUUCAUUGUGGGGAGGUGGUUCAGCUACCUUUAGAGUUUGUGAAACAGCUUUGUUUAAAGAUACAAUCUGAAAGACCAGAGUCUCGCUGUGACAAGGACCUGGAUACUCUCAGCGGUUACGCUAUGUGCCUUCCUAAUUUAACCAGACUCCAAACCUACCGCUUUGCAGAGCACCGGCCGAUUCUGUGUGUAGAGAUUAAGCCAAAAUGUGGGUUUAUUCCUUUCUCGAGUGAUGUCACGCAUGAGAUGAAGCAUAAGGUCUGUCGAUACUGCAUGCACCAGCACCUCAAGGUAGCAACUGGGAAGUGGAAGCAGAUCAGCAAAUACUGUCCCCUUGAUCUCUACUCAGGAAACAAACAGAGAAUGCACUUUGCCUUGAAGAGUUUGCUGCAGGAGGCACAGAACAACUUGAAGAUAUUUAAGAAUGGUGAGCUGAUUUACGGCUGCAAAGAUGCCCGGAGCCCCGUGGCUGACUGGAGCGAGCUUGCACACCACCUGAAGCCGUUUUUCUUCCCUUCCAACGGCCUGGCCAGUGGGCCCCACUGCACAAGGGCUGUGAUCAGGGAGCUGGUGCACGUGAUCACGCGGGUGCUGCUGAGUGGCUCGGACAAGGGCCGGGCAGGCACCCUGAGUCCGGGGCUCGGGCCUCAGGGCCCGCGAGUCUGCGAAGCCAGCCCUUUCAGUAGGAGCCUUCGCUGCCAAGGAAAAAACACCCCAGAGCGCUCGGGGUUACCGAAGGGCUGUCUUCUGUACAAAACCCUCCAGGUGCAGAUGUUGGACCUGCUGGACAUUGAAGGCCUCUACCCUCUGUACAACCGGGUUGAGCGAUACCUGGAAGAGUUUCCCGAGGAGAGAAAAACCUUACAAAUAGAUGGGCCUUAUGAUGAAGCAUUUUACCAGAAGCUGCUUGACCUUUCCACUGAGGAUGACGGGACAGUGGCCUUCGCGUUAACGAAGGUGCAGCAGUACCGCGUCGCCAUGACUGCCAAGGACUGCUCCAUCAUGAUUGCACUGUCUCCCUGUCUGCAGGAUGCCAGCUCUGAUCAAAGGCCUGUGGUCCCUUCAUCGAGGUCCAGGUUUGCCUUCUCCGUGUCUGUGCUGGACCUUGACCUCAAGCCCUAUGAGAGCAUCCCCCAUCAGUAUAAACUGGACGGCAAGAUCGUCAACUAUUAUUCAAAGACUGUACGUGCCAAAGACAAUGCCGUGAUGUCGACUCGGUUCAAGGAAAGUGAAGAUUGCACAUUAGUUCUCCACAAGGUCUAACUCUUUCCCUGCAAUGUCUUUGAAACUUGAACAUAGAAUGUGAAGGCUGAAUGAUAGAGAUAUUUUCUGUUGUGGUGGGUGACCUUUGGUUGUGAAUGGUUUUGCUUUUAACCCCUUUUGAGGUGGGAUUGCCUCUUGGAGACAUGGAAUUGAAGAGCACUAGAAACAUCUUCCUGGACAAGGAAUGUAGGACGUGAGUGCUGUGUCCCAGGAAGCUGCUCACACUCUUAAAAUGGAAGUGUCCGUUAAGCCCUGGGAAGACCUUCUGGAUAGUUCUUCCUUCCCAACCAGGGCUCAUGUCUGAUUCUCUAAUGCGAAAAGCCUUAUUCUAAGACCCAAGGUUUGGAUCUGCUACCACCAGACUCCUAACAUAGAAAACUUGAAUUGUCACAUACAUUUUACAGUUUGGACUUUUAAGAAAACAUGGAUACUACUGGAACUUUCCCCAGCUGAGUUACAUGGUUACUUUUUCAGUGCAAGCCACGUAUCAACACAGGUUUUUAGGUGGUUCCCUGCUGCACAGCGUGACCUUGUGGUCGUGCAGAUGCCGAUUCUGAGCAGUGUAGACUCAGGGUCCCUGUGGAGGUGCUGAAGCCCACAGUUCCACACAGGGCAGCAGGGAGCGCAAGACUCAGGUCAGGAUGGACACCACUCAUGCGAGCACUGACCUUUUUUUUUUUGCUUUACAAUUUAAUCUUUCACAUGAGGGGGGAGAUGAGCUGUUCUUUCCCACUAAAAAUUGCUGCUGUAGAAGUUGGAGGUGGAGCUGUGACUGGCUGAGCUGCUGUGGCCGGGCUGGGCAUUGUGCCCCAACAGCUCAGUGCUUUCCUGACACUCCAGUGUCUGGGGUGGUUGAGGAGCGAGUUCUCUCUUCCUCCCAGACCAAAAGUUCCUCCCUCGGGUUUGCCUUGAGAUGUGUUGCGUUUUUGGGCCCCGUGGCCUCUCCCUGUUAGGCUGCCACAGGCCCUGCUUCUGGAAGGUGAACAGCUCCUGGCUGCUGCCGAGAGGGUUCUCGUUGGGGUCACCAAAGUGUGCCCGGCUGCUAUGAAAAACGUUGGGAAUCUUGGUUUCAGUUUUUUAUUCUAUGCUAGGUUGUACAGACUUAUUUAUAUCGUUUUGAGGGACUAAUGGAGGCUUAUUGUAACAUUAGUGAAACCAUGGAAUUAUAUGAAAAUGAUACAUGAGAAAUAAGGAAACUAUUUUGCUGAUUGUAAAUUUUUGUGGGAAAUUUUGUGAUAACUUGAGAAUUAUACUUGUUUGAAUCAAGGCAA